GAAAGCAAAGGGCGAGCAGCGCUUAGACAGUUCACUUGGGGAAAGAGGGAGGCGUAUUGUUACCUGGAGAAGGGAAGGAGGCAGGCUGGCAGCCCCGCCUAUCGCCUGCGCCCUCCUCCCGCUUCCUCUUCUCUCCUCCCCUAGGCUGCCGGGUCCCCUGCUAGUGGCAAGCUGCAGUGACAUGGGAAGGGCCGGCCUCGGCGGUGGGAGGUAGUGAGACUACUGGCUCAUCAGUCGGGGCAAGGGAAAGAGGAGGGAGGCUGAUCGGCUAGUUGGCUGCUUCGGAGAGGGGAGCAUUGGCGAGGUUUGGAAGAUGACACGCAGCACUUGUGCUCUUCUCAUGGAUGGUCGAUUGGAAUUUGGAAGAGUAUGAUGGGAGGGGAAGUUCCAUUAUUGGAUGUUCCAAGUGCUCCUCGAGCCAAGAAAAUACCUCCCUUGAAGGCUACAGUACGAUGCAUGUUAUGAAUUGUGUCUCCUUGGCUAGUGAAAAAGAAAAUGGGGAAGUCUCUGUUGCAGCUGGAUUAAUGAUUGGGCAAACACCACCACCACCACCUCCACCACCCCCACCACCACCCCCUCCGCCGCUGCCAUGUCCAGACAAUGGGUAUCCUCCUGUUCCUCCCCCACCACCCCUGCCAGGGGGUCCUCCUGCACCACCACCACCACCACCACCCCCUCCAGGACUACCUCCUUCUUCUUAUGUGAAUGGACAUGGCCACCUUAGUAAGAAAAAGAAAAUGAGGAAUUUUUUUUGGAAAACAAUUCCAGAAGAGCAGGUUCGUGGCAAAACCAACAUCUGGACGAUUGCUGAAAGACAAUCACAGAAGUACCAGAUUGACACAAAGACUAUAGAAGAGCUCUUUGGGCAGCAAGAAGACACCAAAUCCUUUGUUUCUAGGAGAGGUGGAACUUUAAAUGCUUCCUUCAAAGAAGCUAAAGAAGAGGUUUCUGUCUUGGAUGCAAAACGGUGCAUGAACAUUGGAAUAUUUCUCAAGCAAUUCAAAAAGUCUCCCCAGUCCAUAGUAGAAGAUAUCCACCAAGGAAAUGGUGAACAUUAUGGAUCAGAAACCUUGCGAGAAUUCCUUAAGCUUUUGCCGGAGUCAGAAGAGGUAAAGAAAUUAAAAACAUUUAGUGGAGAUGCAGCCAAGCUGUCUCUGGCAGAUUCCUUUAUAUAUCUCCUAAUUCAGGUGCCAAAUUAUUCACUUCGGAUUGAAGCCAUGGUGCUAAAGAAGGAAUUUUUACCUUCAUGUUCUUCUCUAUGGGAUGACAUGUCCACGUUAAGAAUGGCUACGAAGGAGCUGAUGUCCUGUGAGGAGUUACAUUCUAUCCUGCACUUGGUCCUCCAGGCUGGAAAUAUUAUGAAUGCGGGAGGUUAUGCUGGCAAUGCAGUGGGUUUCAAAUUAUCGUCUUUGCUCAAAUUGGCUGACACGAAAGCAAACAAACCAGGGAUGAAUCUCCUCCACUUUGUGGCUCUGGAAGCCCAAAAGAAAGAUGCUGUUCUUCUGAACUUUUCUGAAAAAUUGCGUCAUGUUCAGGUUGCUGCCAGAUUAUCUCUUGAUAACACCGAGUCAGAGCUUCACUCACUGUCUGCACGGACAAAAUCUCUAAAAGAAAAUAUCCAGCGGGAUCCUGAGCUUUGCCAACAGAUGAAAGCCUUUAUUAAGUUUGCUCUACAAAAGCUGGAGGAACUAGAGAGAUGGAGAGAAGAACUCCAGAAGGAGGCCCAUGCCCUCAUCGAUUUUUUCUGUGAAGACAAAGAAACUAUGAAGUUGGAUGAGUGCCUUCAGAUAUUCAGAGACUUUUGUACCAAAUUUGAUAAAGCAGUUAAGGACAACAGGGACAGAGAAAUUCAAGAAUUCCGCCAGCUACAGAAACUGAAGGGACUGGAGGAGAAGAGACGUUCCUGGGCAGCUGGGGAGCUUGGGGGCUUUGGGAGGAGCAGCAGUGAGAAUGAUGUGGAACUUUUGACAAAGAAGGGCUUAGAGGACUUCCUCCCCUUCUUGCAUCAGAGGCCUGUUAGUCCUUCCCACCGACCCCCCAACGCCCGUCGGUCCCGGCUUUCCCUGGGUACUUCUGCAGAUCGAGAGUUGCUCACUUUCCUGGAGACCUCCACAGGGGAGGAUUUAAACAAAUUCAACAGCCUUCCUCGGACCAGCACAAGACAGGCCAGGCCCUCAGUGGCCUGGAUGGAGCCCACAGAACCAAAGGAUGUUAACUCAAAUCACUUACACUUCUAUCCGGCCCCAGAGACUGAGAAAGUCUGCAAUAAUCCACCUCCGAGUCAGCCUGGCCAGUUUCUCAAUCCAUGUCUGGAGAAUUCUAAUGCUAUCCUUUACUGUACACAGAGCCAUGCCAAUAAUAGCAACUUACAAAGGGACAGUGGGCCUGGGGCGCAGCCUCUAGCCUCUUUCCCUCCAUUGUCCACCUUGACCAUGGGGAUUGAAGCAAGAGAGCUGGCUCAUGGCUUGAUCCAGUUUGACCUUCAGGAGCCAGCAAACCAAGAGGAGCCCCCGAGGUUUACCUCUGAAGACUCUAGCCCAGGGGAAUCAGAAUCACUUGAUGAUGCGAGCUUGCCAUCCCUUACUGCUGGUGACGACAUCCCAGUACCUAUUGGGAAAGACUCUAAAAAAGUGACAGGAAGGGAAAAUGGCGCCAUGGUCCCCAAGGACAUGGUAGCUGAUGUUACAGUGUCUAGCAGUACAGUCCCUGCCUCCCCAGACAAAAGUGAGUCUGAAAGUAAAGAGGCUGGGCCUAUUUUCUACAUCUCAGACACCACUGAUUGCUCCUUGACUUUGGAUUGCUCAGAAGGAAAUGAUCCCCAAGUGGGAAGCCAUGAAUCAAAGAUGGGGAAACCAGUGAAUGGCUCUGUCACUUCUGAUCCUGGUGACACGGAGGGAGAGACCAGUAGUAGCAGGGUCCCUUCCAUCCCAAAUUUCAGUCCCACCAGGGAAGACUCCACUUUGGCUCUUGGGAAGAAUGAACCUGGUGACAAAUGUGGCCUGCCCAGGGAGAAAGUAGUCAAAGGGAAAGAGGCAGCAGGACCAAAGAGAAACUCCCUGAAAGAUACACCUAUGAGUGCCCCCAAGCCUGGGAGUAUGCGGCGUAGCCUGGGGCCUCCUUCCAAGCCAGUGCGGACCCUGAAUGCCUCUGAAAAUGAGAGUAUGCGCAAAGUGGUCCCCAUCUCCAAAUCCAGCAGAGGUUCAGGAAGCUGGAAACGGCCUGAAGUUCCAGCCAGGGUGACCCCUCGGGAGGCCCCCAGCAACACAGAGUCUCGAAUGUCCCGCCGAAGCUCUGUCAGAGGCACCGCGGACACGUCCCCUCGAAGACCUUCCGGUGUGGCCGUAGCAGCAGCUGUGGCAGCAGAGGAACAGAGACUGCAGAGGGGAAAUGCCAUGUCCAGCAGCAUCCGUUUGGGGAAGGACUAUCCCCUGCAACAUAAGACCUCCCUCAAAAAACCCAGCGCCAAACCCAUCAGGAAUCUCCCCAAGCCAAAGGCAGAUGAAACAAAGAUCUGCCGUACCAACCCUCAGGAAUUGGAGGAUGCUGAGGAGGCACCCAAGCCCCCGCCACCUGUCCCUCGGGUCCCACCCCCCAUCCCAAGCUUUGCCAGGAACACAGUUGCCUCCUCCUCCAGGCGUUUGAAAACUGAUUUGCCUCCUGUUUCCAAGGUGCCUGGUAUCACCCGGGCAGCGUCCCAGCGGCAGCUGAGGAUGAAGACGGCUCCUGAGGACACCCAAACCAAGAAUGGCAGUUCCUUGAAACGAAGCAGCAGUGCAAGGACUGCCCAAAAGUGCCCAGAACCCAGUGAAAGCACCAGUGGUAAAGGGGAAACCUCUUUGAAAGGAAGAGGCACAGGGGAGAAAUCUUCUCUUAAACGGAAGGAUUCAAAUAGGACCACGCUGGGGAAAAUUCUGAAUCCAUUAUGGAAAUAAGUUGGGUGUAUUCUCCUCUUGAGACCACCGAUCUGGAUUUGGGGAUUUGUGAACAGAUUGGCAAGUGGGAUGUCCACAUUGGACGUCUUUAUUCCACAUGAUCCAGUACAUUGGUUGACUUUGAAUCUGUUCAUUUUAAAGUCUCUAAAGGUACAGCCUCCAAGGACCAAACCCCACAUCCGUCCUCUCCUCUCCAUCCCGUGGUAAAAGAACAAUAUGAAUGUAUAGAUUGUAUGCUGCUGUGAUGGAGCUGAGGGCAUGGUACCCAACGGAGCUGUUGGCAUGGGUGCAAAUGAUCAAAUGCUCCCCCCUUUCCAAAAAAAGAAAGAGAGAGAGAGAGAGAGGGGGCUUGGAAAUACAAGAUGAACUUCUUACAUAACAAGUGAAAAAAACUUUUGGCCAGUUUUUGUAUGACAAAGACAUUUUAUAAGAUGAUAUAAAUUAAAUAUUCCCAGUUCCCUUUUCUAAGUGAAAUGCCUCCCACGGAACAGUACAGGGGAAGAAAAUGACAUUAAUAUGAAAAUCUUUACUGUCUUCCUUUAAUUCCUCGGCCUCAGGACUCUGAUGUGCCUCUCUCGGGGUCCUUUUGCUGGCAAUAGGACCUUGUGGCCUGCAAACCCCAAAGUUGAUGUUCCCUGGUUCGCUUCAUCUCGAUAAAUUCACGGCAUGGUCGCUGCUCCAUGUGCAUGGGCCCAGGUGUGUUUUUGAUGCAUGUGUGUUUAUGUGUGUGUAUGAGAGAAAGAGAACACGUGAGAGGAGGGAGAGAAUUCUCUGCUGGGCAGAAAGCCACUCCUUGUGAACUGCAGUUUCUUCUAUUUAAAAACUGAGCUUAGUGGAAAUGAGGGACUGUGAGAGGUGGGCAGGCCUGGCCUCUCCAGGGGAAAGUGUUUGGAUGAGUGGCCGCCAUGUGCACAACCACCACCUGGUUUUCCGGACCUUAGAAAGGGGUUAACUCAGUGCUGUGGACUAAUUUGUUACUUCCUCUCCCUGUUUGUUCAUCUGCUGUAAAAUUCUGUGAAUGCUGCUAUAAAAAUUUGUGUAAACUCUGGUUAGAGAGGUGGAGGAGAGUCUUGUUGCCCAAGGAGUCUUCCUUGGUCUGUGAUUGCAUGGAGAGAAGCUGUCUGUACAGGGUUUUGGAAUCUUGCUUUAAAAGAAAAACAAAACUCGACUUUUGGAUAGGCAAACAUUGCUUUCAAAAGAAGUUUUAUCGGCAGGGAAAAAAAGAGAGGGGUAUAAAAAUCAGAUGAAAGGUUUGGGCCUUAACCAGCUUUACCAAAUGCCCUUUUCCUUCUUCCCUUUGAGAGUAAUUUAUGCCAACAGGGACCUAAAGGUAAUUCUAAUUUUUUAUUUUAUUUUUUUAAAGUUGUCUUUUUAUUUACUUAUUAGUGAAAUCUUAUUUUCUGUCCAACAGUGGCAAAUGUAUUUUAGGCAAGCACGGAUCAGUUACUGACUUCAAUCAAUACGUUGUUGAUGUUACUCUUUCCCUCCUCUGAUAGAAUGUGUUGUCAGUAAGAAUGAAUUUUAUUUGCCUUUCUAUUUCCAUAAAUCAGCCAAGUGGGACAGGAUGAACUUUGUGACUUAAGUAAGACCACUGAUUGCCAGACUUAAAGAACAAAAGAUGUAGUCCCACCAAAGUCUCUAUCUUCCCUGAGGCCUGCUUUGAGGAACCAAACUAGAGUAUCUGAAAAUGCAGGGCUGAAUGAAAAGCCAGAUGGAAAGAAAACACUUCUAAAAAGAGAUUUUGCUUGAAAAAUCUUAUAAGCUGUUUGGGGCUUCCCGUCCUUGGACUUGCUAUGAAAUGGAGUCGUAUUUAGUUCCAUAUAUAUCUUCUGUGUGUUCAUCUGCCUGAGCAGGUGAUUGAUUUUUAUUACCUUUUAUUGGUAGUAAGAUUGGAAAAAAAAUAAUUUAAGUGAGUUUCAGAAAAUGUAAAUAAGUUUCUAUAUAAAUUUGUGUAAGAUGAACUGAAUGUAUUUAAUGGACCAUUUAUACGUUCUUCAACAACAUGCAGUUUAAUAAAGUUCCUGUUUAUGGGAGUUGAAUCUUA